AUUUAAACUUAUUUUUUACGGUUUAAACUCGUUUUUUGGGGGCAAGAGUAUUUGUCAUAGCAACAAAUUUCCCCAGCAUGUCCCAAUAUAACAUGCCAAGAAAGACAAUAUAAUAACAUGCCAAAAAUAAUAUAGGUACAGAUGGAUUUCCUAAUUAAUGGGAUCAACCAAUAAGAUACGUAUAUACGAGGGUUAGCCUAUAAUUCCGUAUACAAUUAGGUUAAGCUAAUGAUUAGAUUAUAUUUGAGCUAAUCUUCCUCCCAAAAUUGUCUUGACUUGGCAGAUGCCAACCCAACUUUGAUAGUUAUCAAUUUUUAUAAGACUCCAAACUCAAUUCACAAUUUUCAAUUAAUUAUAAUACUCCCUCCCAUCACAUUUAUAAGCAAAACAAAACUAUCACUACUAGAAAAUAUACAUUUGACAUCAGGGUUUUCACAAAUACCUGAAGGGAAAAGACACGCGGUGGCAAUUUUGAAAUUUUAGCGAACUUUGAUGAAGUUGUUCCCAUCAGUUGAGGAAAUGACUGAAGGGAAAAAUAAAUGCUAAAGAGUUUUGACAUCAGUGGAACUAAUGCAUGAGGGAAAAUAUAUGCGGUGGUAAUUUGGUAAUAUUAGUGAAAUUUUCACAUAGGUGCUGGUGAUAGAUACGAGAAAACACACUCAGAUUUACAAAACUUGAAUGUUCUUUUCUAAAGCUUCUAGUUUUCACGUUUUUUAACAAAACAAAGCUUCAAUCACUCAACCCUAAUCUCUCAGCUCUCUUCGUCUUCUCCCGUAGUCGUUCUCGCCAUCACUCAUGUUGUUCUUUACACAUUCUCAUCAAUGGUGGAUUACAAAUCUAAAGAGGUUAGUUCUUACUUUAUGGACUUUGUGGAAAGGUGUAAUGAGGCAGAGUGUGCGAUGUGUAUUUAUAAAUUUCCAAUUGAUUAUAUUCCGAAGGGGAGGGCUGAGGAUUUGUAUGGGAAAUUUGUGGCAUUUGAGAAACAGUAUGGUGAUAGGGAAGGGAUUGAGGAUGCUAUUGUUGGGAAGAGAAGGUUUCAAUAUGAAGAUGAAGUGAGGAAAAAUCUGUUGAAUUAUGAUUAUGGUUUGAUUAUAUAAGAUGGAAAGAGAGUGUCGGGAAUAAGGAAAGAACUAUGGAGGUUUAUGAGAGAGCUAUAGCUAAUGUUCCUCUAGCCGAUGAGAAUCGAUACUGGCAGCACUAUAUUUAUCUGUGUUAUGCACUUUAUGAAGAACUUAAUGUUGGAGAUAUUGAGCGAACAAGAGACGUGUACAGUGAGCUGUACAAAAACAACAUUCAAGGAACUAUUCUUCUACAACUUGGAAACCUCAAGAGUCUUGUUAGCUUGUACUUGUGUAACAACAACAUAACAUGAGUUACUAAACCAUAAGUUGCCUAUUUCCUCAUGUCAUUUAUCUAUGUAUACAUGUGAUUGUGCAAAGUUUAUAAGCAAGAUUGAGAUGUAUUUGCUGGCUUUCUAUAUUGAUUGUACCACUGAUGGAGUUCUCAAUUGUGGUCUUCCUCACAUGAUUGUUACUCCCCUUGCUUAUUAUUUGUAGGAAGAAGUGAUCUUGGUAUGCAUAGUUUAAUUGAUGUUGUUGAUGGUCUAUUUACUCAACUCAGGAUCCUGGGACUUUGUCUUUCAAUUGAUGAAUAAAUUGACAAUUUUGUGGUCUCAGGACAAAACAAUAGCCCCCUGUAUUUCUAACUUAUUUUAAUCUAUUUCUGUUGUAGUUACAAGUUUUUGGGCUGCUUUGAGCUUCCUCCUGCUAUUUGUGUAUCCAAUUCCUGAACCUCCAACAACAAGUUGAGUUUCACACGGCUUCAAUGGUGUUGCCUUCGGAGCUGUAAGUAGUUUCUCAUACUUAGUUGUCAGCUAAAGUUGUUCUGCUUCUGGUGGUGACUAAGAGUCAGAUUGGAAAGAGAUAAACAGUGGUUGAUUUAUCAUAUAAAUAGAUGCAUGUUGACCAAUGUACAUGGACCCUGUGUCAAGAUUUUGGAUCUUUUUUAAUUAAUGAGGUAUGUAAGUAUAAAAAUAUGAAGUUUAAUUAGGCACAUGUUAUUGUUCGAGAACAUGAGAUUUUUCUUUGGUAUACUUAUUGUUAAAACUAUGUAGUGUAAUCUUCAGAACUAUGUAGUGUAAACUUUGGUCUACUUAGAUCAUUGUCGACUAUAAAAUUUAGUCUAAUGGUUGUAAACUAUAAAAUUUUAGUUGUGAUUGAUUUAAAGAUGAAGUGAGGUACUAGACGUUAGUCCUUAGUCUCCAAGUACAAAGAACAUGUGUAAGAAAUAGAAUUUAGAGAUAAAUUUACUUUUAGUAACAUAAGAUUUUGGAUACUUUUAUGUUAACGAGAUGUACUUAAAUUUUGAACCGUUGAUAUUUGUGUUA